AUGCAUCUUGCAAUACUGUUACUUCUCCUGUUGGAAGCAGUUAAUGCUCAGUUUCCCCGACAAUGUGCUACAGUGGAUGUGCUGAUCCAAGGCGAAUGUUGCCCAGACCUGUCUCCUGUGUUGGUUCCUGGUUCAGAUCGCUGUGGAUCAUCUUCUGGAAGAGGGCAGUGUGUACAAGUGAUAGCAGAUUCUCGACCCCACGGACCUCAAUAUAUGCAUGAUGGUCGAGAUGACCGUGAGCAGUGGCCUCUCCGUUUCUUCAAUCGAACUUGUCAGUGCAACAACAAAUAUUAUGGAUAUAACUGUGGUUCAUGUCGACCUGGCUGGACCGGCCCCACCUGUGAUCAGCAGAUUAAAAUAGUUAGAAGAAAUCUUCUGGAUCUUAGUAGUGAAGAAAGGAGUCGGUUUCUAAGAGUCUUACAGCAAGCCAAAACUACAAUGCACCCUGACUUUAUGAUUGCAACCAGGAGACGUGAAGAGAUUAUGGGCCCUGAUGGCAAUACUCCACAAUUUGAAAAUGUGUCCAUUUAUAACUACUUUGUGUGGUCUCAUUAUUACUCUGUCAGAAAGACUUAUCUUGGACCUGGACAGCAGAGCUUUGAUGGAAUAGAUUUCUCCCAUGAAGGACCAGCAUUUCUCACCUGGCACAGAUAUCACCUACUACAGCUGGAGAGAGAUAUUCAGGAUAUGCUACAGGAUCCUUUUUUUGCCCUUCCUUAUUGGAACUUUGCAACAGGUAGAAACACCUGUGACAUCUGCACAGAUGAUCUCAUGGGAUCCAGAAGCAACUUUGAUGGCACUCUUAUCAGCCCCAACUCAAUCUUCUCUCAGUGGCGCAUCUUGUGCGAAGCUAUUGAAGACUACGAUGCAUUGGGAACCAUUUGCAACAGCACAGAAGGUGGUCCAAUUAGACGCAAUCCAGCUGGAAACGUAGCCCGUCCAAUGAUGCAGCGCCUUCCUGAGCCUCAGGAUGUUGCUCUUUGCUUAGCAGUUGGAUUAUUUGAUACGCCUCCGUUCUACUCCAAUUCAGCAGACAGUUUCCGUAACACAGUAGAAGGCUACAGCAAUCCUUCAGGAAAGUAUGAUCCAGCAGUGCGAAGUCUUCACAAUCUGGCUCAUCUCUUUUUGAAUGGCACUGGAGGGCAAACUCAUUUAUCCCCAAAUGAUCCCAUUUUUGUCCUCCUCCACACGUUUACAGAUGCUGUUUUUGAUGAAUGGCUGAGAAGGCAUAACCCCG